GCUCGCGCGCUGUGCAUGCCGGGUCUUGUAGUCUCUUUCCCGAUCUGCAGGCUUGGGUUGUAACUCCCGAGUCGGCGGGCGCAGGAUGUGAGCUCACAGCCGAGAUUGCAGGCAGCCGCAGGCCAGAGGUGGCACUGAAUCCGCUUGCCACUUGGCUGAGAGGAGAGGCGUCCCCGCGGACGGCACUGAGAGUAUGAGGCCCUGGCCUCUGAGGGCCACUCACUCGUGACCACUUCCACCACGGCAGAACCUUCUAAGCCUACCUCCUGCCGUGUGGUGAUCUACCUGCAGCGGGAGAUGUCAGGGGACACCUGUCUGUGUCCAGCCUCGGGGGCCAAGCCCAAGAUCAGUGGCUUCAAGGGAGGCGGGCUGGGCAACAAGUACGUGCAGCUCAAUGUGGGAGGCUCCCUGUACUACACCACGGUGCGGGCCCUCACCCGGCACGACACCAUGCUCAAGGCCAUGUUCAGUGGGCGAAUGGAGGUGCUGACCGACAAAGAAGGCUGGAUUCUCAUAGACCGAUGUGGAAAGCACUUUGGCACCAUUUUGAAUUACCUCCGAGAUGACACCAUCACCCUCCCUCAAAGCCGGCAAGAAAUCCAGGAGUUGAUGGCCGAAGCCAAAUAUUACCUCAUUCAAGGGCUGGUGAGCACGUGCCAGACUGCCCUGCAGGACAAGAAAGACUCCUACCAGCCUGUGUGCAACAUCCCCAUCAUCACGUCCCUGAGGGAGGAGGACAGGCUCAUUGAAUCCUCCACAAAGCCUGUGGUGAAGCUGCUGUACAACAGGAGCAACAACAAGUACUCGUACACCAGCAACUCUGAUGAUCACCUGCUAAAGAACAUUGAACUAUUUGACAAGCUGUCCCUGCGCUUCAACGGCCGCGUGCUCUUCAUCAAGGACGUCAUUGGGGACGAGAUCUGCUGCUGGUCUUUCUAUGGCCAGGGCCGUAAGCUGGCAGAGGUGUGCUGCACCUCCAUUGUGUACGCCACAGAGAAGAAGCAGACCAAGGUGGAAUUCCCAGAGGCCCGUAUCUAUGAGGAAACACUCAAUGUCCUACUCUAUGAGACCCCUCGAGUCCCUGACAAUUCCUUACUGGAGGCCACAAGCCGGAGCCGCAGCCAGGCUUCCCCCAGUGAAGAUGAAGACACCUUUGAACUGCGGGACCGUGUCCGUCGCAUUCAUGUCAAGCGCUAUAGCACGUACGAUGACCGGCAACUCGGCCAUCAGUCCGCUCAUCGUGACUGAUGAGGUCCUUAGGAAAUCGGGGCACAAGAAUUCCUGUCUGCCACCCUGUGGAACGUACCCAUUGGCCACCCUAUGCUGCUCCUGCUAGCUGGGAGCCUGCUCUAGCAUGUAGAGGUGACAGCCCUGCUUGGGAGGUUGGGGAGCUGGGAGAGGGAAGGUCACAUUGUCUUGCCUGGCCCCCCUCCCCUCAGCACUUCCAGAUGCCACCCCACUUCCUGUCAACAAGGAGCUACUUCUGCUCUAGGGUGAGUGCACUGAUUUCCCACCUCCUGCCAAGAAUACUCCCGGGCCCUUGGCUGAGUGCCCCUUUCUUCUGAAGAGCUCCUUUAGUUCCUCAGCUGAGGCCCACGGGAACAGCUUUGUUCUAGGGGAAAGGAGGCUUCUGGUGCUGUGAGGACCCAAUUUUGAACAGAAAAAGUGGCCUUUUUUUCCUAAGGUGUUUAAACAUUGGUAUAGCCUGGAUUUUUGUUUGUUUUUAAAUCUAGAUGUUAGCAUGGCCGUACCUAGAAUCCCAGCUAUGGAGAAGCCAAGGUGGGAUAACAUGUUCUAGGCUAGCCUGGACAACAUAGCAAGGCCCUCAAUAUAAAAUUUUAAAAAGGGGGCCCAGUGGUAGAAUACUUACCUAGCAAGAGUGAGGCCCUGGGCUCAAUCCCCAGUACUGCCACACUCACUAGGUAUCUAAGAAAUGACUAGUUUUUAGUCUGAGGGGAAAGCUAGGACUAAGCAGAGUGCCAGGACCCUACCUAGUAGGCACAUACACUCACACACUCACUCCACCCUUUUCUGUAUCCUAGGACCCAUCUUUAAAGCACUUUGUAUGUCUAUCAUUCAGGGGAAUCUAUUCUGCCUUGACCCAAAGCUUUUUUUGACACUGAUCCCCUCCUGCACAAUCUGAAGGAAAGGCUGAGACAGGAGGAUCACAAGUUUGAGACCAGCCUGUGCUAUGUAGUUAAAAGUUUCAGGCCAGCCUGGGCUACAUAGACUUUGUCUCAAAAAAAAAAAAAAAAAAGUAGCCUGACCAGCUUUGGCUUGUCAGCCUGACUACCCAAAGAAUACCAAAAGGAAAAGGAUGUCCAAGUUGAAAAUGGUUUUAAUAGCAUCCUGUGGGGAAAGGGUAGGGUCACAUCACUGACUCAGAUUUAACAGGAUUCUUUGGUUUGAGCCUCAUACUUGGGUAUGUUCAGCUCUAAGACAUGCUGUCCCCACAAACCAUAAAGCCAAAAGCUGUGCUGCAGGCCAGAAACAAGCUGCAGCAGAAGGCUAUGGAGCCCUCAGCUGAAGCCCGUGUACCCAUCAACAGUGCUCAAGAAGGGACACAGAUUAUCAACUGCAUCCCUUGACCACUCUUAUGAUUGCCACAUGGGCACACAAAGGCUCGCCUCUUAGAGCCUAUGGGCAGAUGCCAAGCCCAGGGUUGGGCUCUCACAAGGAUCUAACCUGACAGAGCAGGGGAAAUGGGAAAUGUGACUUAAUAAUCAGGCAUGUUAUGUUAAUCACAAUCUUGAAUGUAUAAAUAGCUCUAAGAUGCUUGGGUCAGGCACCUUAGUGACGAGCAACUAUUAGUUCAUCCAGAUCUCGCUGGAACUAAGAUGACAAUCCAACUUUUUUGGCCAAAUAGAGGCUUUGGCUUUGAGUCUUUCCCACAGACUUUGGAAUGUGACAGCAUGAGGCCACCAAUCUGUUUUCUCAGCUGUCCCCUAAAAGCCUUCAACACUCAGAUUCCCAGACCCCUGCGGUGUUUCCAGUUUGUCUCUUUACCUCCACACCCCCUUUAGCCUCCACGAGGCGCUUUGACAUCCAUCUCCUCUGCUGUUCAGUGCUGUCUAGUCAUGGGCUGAGGAAACACAGCAGGAGUCCCAGGUUGGGCAUUCAUCUUCUUUGACUGAAAAUUUCUCCUUGGUUUAAGGAAAUAAUACUGAAGUGAUCUGGACUGGUGAGAUUUGCCAGCCCUGUCCUAAAGGAGUUGUAGCAGGAUGGGUUUUUUGAUCACAGGCAGCCCAGAGGACUUAAACAUAAAACAUUCAUGAGGGUCAGACUGGACGCUGCUCACAAACACCAGCUGUGUGCUCUGUUGAACCUGGGACAUGUGACUGGUUGGCCUGAAGGGUAACACAGGUUCUGGCAUGAAAGACUGUGCCCUUUACUACAUACCUGCGGUCUUAGUGCUUACCUUAAGUGAUGGAAGUAAACACUAACUUUUAAUAAAGUUGUUUUACACUGCUG